GGGCAGCUCGCGCAGCGCCCGCGCGCGUCGGGCGCGGAGUUUCCCAAUAUCCUCAUGGAUGCACGACCAGAGAUGCACGACCAGCCAAUAGUCGACGCCCACCACCAUUUGUAGAGGGGGCAACCGAACUCGCGAAGAGCGUAUGAAGGUGGCCGACGCAUAUAAGCCUCCUUGACGGCACCCCGAUGCAACAUUACAAGAACCUUCCUCCUCGCAGAUGUCGACCUCCAAGAAGAUCAUCCUCGUUAUCGGAGCUACCGGAGUACAAGGUGGCGCCGUCAUCGAUGCACUUCUCCAACCUCUCGCAGACGGUUCUCCCUCUCCAUACGCCAUCCGCGCCUUGACUCGGGACCCGCAAAGCCAGCGUGCUGAGGAGUUAGCCAGCCGGGGCAUCGAAGUCGUCAAGGGUUCCACCAAUGACCUCGACACCGUCGCCGCGGCGUUGGAGGGCGUGUACGGCGCGUACAUCAACACGGACAGCUUCACCAUCGGCGAACAGAAAGAAACCUUCUGCGGCAUCCGCAUCUUCGAGCUCGCGAAACAAGUCAAGACCGUGAGGCACUACGUCUGGAGCGGCGCCGACAACGUGAACAAGAAGACCAACUACGAUCCUCAGUACGCCCCCGCGCACUACACCGGCAAGGCCCGCGUGGGCGACUGGAUGCGCGCCCAGCCGUCUGUCGUCAGCGACGACAACAUGUCCUGGACCAUCCUGAGCACCGCUCCCUACAUGGACAUGCUCCAGACGGGUAUAUACGGGCCGCUGCGUGUCCGCCCCGACGGCACGUACGUGUUCGCCAGCCCGUUCGGGCAGGGCCACGUCCCGAUGAUCGCGCUCGCCGACCUCGGCUUCUUCGCGCGAUACAUCUUCGACCACCGCACGGAGACAUCCGCGCAGGAGCUCGAGACCGCGUCGGACAUGGUGACCUGGGACGAGCUCGCCGCGACGUUCACGAAGGUGACGGGCAAGAAGGCCGUCAGCCUCGCGCUCUCGAUCGAGGAGUACUUCGCGCUGUUCAACCAGGAGGACAUCGCGCGGCCGGCCGCGCCGGACACGACCGUGUCGUACAAGGAGAUGUACUCGCGCAUCGCGCGGAUGUACCGCGACGAUAUCAUCACGCGCGACCUGGCGUGGAUCCGGCGCGUGCACCCGGGCGCGCGCACGGUCGAGAGCUGGAUGCGCGAGGCCGCGUAUACGGGGGAUCUCAAGCGCCCGGCGCCGCAGGCAGGGAGGCGGCCGCGUCCCAAUCUCGAGCGUAUCGCACAGCUGUAAUUAUGGCUGCUACUUAGUCGUACUGUUCAUAUAAAGAGU